UAGUGCAUGCGUGACUUCUUUCACUUUGUCUGCGGGUGUUGACAUUUACAUUGAAGCCAUGUGUCAAAGACAAAGUGCACCCCUGACCAUAAGGGAUUGCCAGCUCUUUUAGGUCACUCUUUGUCUCGUGUUGGUCUUUGCUUCAACCUUCGCAAACGGUGUGCUGACUGAACUGGCCCUUUCCCCGGAUGACUUCGAGACACAUGUCUCAACCCUUGGAUGCGGCAUUAUGACCGGUGGAAAUAGUACCCAGCCAGACCUUCCCGCCGAAGACUUGCAAAAGGAGCCUCCGCCGGAAGAAAGGCCGCCUCCCGCAGAACAGCAUGUCGAGGAGCCGGAGCUGGAUGACUUUGGGUUGCCUAAAAGGCCGCUGAACGUGCUCCCUCAUGCUACAUCGGACGACAGUGAAGAUGAGGACGAUACUUUCCACGACGCCGAAGCGGCUGUUGAGACGGCUGCCUCAAACGAAGAACAGAAAAUGCGACCGCUGCGGAAAGAGAGGACCAACGGGGAGUCAACGGCUUCUGCGGGUCAUGCUCUAGAGGACUCUACAAACAAGCAGCCCUCUCCAGAACAACCGGACAAUGCAAAUAGCACACCUGCACCCGAAGCCGACACGGCGCAAACCGUUCCGGCCAUUACUAUCCCAUCCCCCGACGUUCGAGCUCCGUCCCAGUCAGCAGAGCACGCUUCCGCGAGCAUAGCAAAGUCACCGGCGAAGUCCCUCUCUUCUCCAAUGAAGGGGACGUUGAAGCGUGCGCAGUCUUCCGACGCACCUGCAGUUUCUGAGUGGUCACAUCAGAGACAAAUCACCAACACUACAAACGACGAGGAAGAAGAAGAAGAGGAGGAGGAGGAAGCAUGGCAAGCGAUGCCAGCCAUCGACGAAUUCGACGUAUACGAUGAUUAUGGGAGGCUGGUGGCCAGGGGUAACAAACAAACCGAGGACGAGACAGAUGCCUAUGUGGGGAUAGGAGGCGCCGGGAAAGGUUAUACCAGAGUACAGCUCGAUGAGGACGCGCAGUCGGCCACUAGCAUGGACGAGGAUACGAACUAUCUGUUCAAGAGUGGUCAGAAACCCGAGAAAGUUGAUGAAGGCUACAUUGAAGAGGACGAUCAAAGAGAUGCACUCACUCAAUUGGAGGCAACGAAGGACCUUUUAACGGAAGGCCAGCGCAUAGCGUAUGUCGCUGUGGUUCGUCUAACAGUUCACAAAAUGUUCAACGCACUUGGUGACCUCGAGAAGACUAGAGGAACAAGGAAGGAACUCAUGAAGUCUGUGGAGAGCAUGGACUUGUGGGGUCAGACGAUAAUGCUGCGCCUAUAUGCGCACAUGGACAUCGACCCGGCUGAGCAGCUUAUGAUCGAACAACUUGCCUCACAUGGCGUACAACCGGCAGACCUUGUCACCCCUUUGAUGCACAACGCAAAGGUUGAGAACCCUAUGGCCAACAGCAAGGAAGCGCUACAGCAACCUGAGAUCCCGCCCAAGCGGAAUUCAACAACAUCGACCAAAAGCAGUAACCUCAAAGACGCAGAAGACGGCGAAGAAGUUCCGGAAGUACACCUGCCGGAGGAUAUGCCACAAACCAAACAGAUAGAGCUUGAUCUACGCUGGACAGUUCUGUGCGACUUGUUCCUGGUCCUGAUCUCGAGCAGCGAGUACGAUGCGCGCUCAAGGCGCCUCCUGGAGAGAGUUGCUUCGACCAUGAAAAUCACCUGGACACAGAUUUGUCGAUUUGAGAAGAGAGUAAUCGACGCUCUAGAGAUGCAAGAAGACGAAAUAAAGGAAAAUUGGGACGAAUCUGAACACCUGGAAAAGAGACGCAAAUUAGGCCUGAAGAGAAAAUACAUGGUGAUGGGUCUAGCAACUGUGGGCGGCGGUCUUGUGAUCGGUCUGUCGGCUGGUUUGCUGGCGCCUGUCAUUGGAGCAGGGCUCGCUGCUGGCUUCACCACGAUCGGUGUCACGGGCACUGCAGGUUUCUUGGGAGGAGUGGGUGGUGCGGCUCUGAUUACCUCUGCUGCUACUGCUGCUGGUGGAACGAUUGCAGUUCGAGCGUCGGACCGCCGAACUGGCCACGUUAAAACUUUCGAAUAUCGGCCCCUGCACAACAACAAACGACUGAAUUUGAUCUUGACAGUCUCCGGGUGGAUGACUGGCAAAGUUGAUGAUGUACGUUUGCCUUACAGCACCAUCGAUCCCAUCAUGGGUGACAUUUACUCUUUGCUCUGGGAACCAGAGAUGCUUCAGUCUAUGGGUGACACUAUUAAUAUCCUCGCGACUGAAGCAUUGACACAAACCGUCCAGCAGGUCCUCGGGAGUACCAUUCUGGUUGCCUUAAUGGCGUCUAUUCAGCUUCCAGUUGUCCUCACGAAGUUAGCAUAUCUUAUUGACAACCCGUGGAGUGUGUCUCUGGACAGAGCCAAUGCUGCAGGGCUCAUUCUUGCAGAUUCGCUGAUCGACAGACACCUGGGACAGAGGCCCAUCACGCUUCUUGGAUUCUCACUUGGGUCUCGACUUAUUUUCUCUUGUCUCAAAGAACUAUCACGCCGCGGCGCGUAUGGCCUGGUCCAGAACGUGUAUCUAUUUGGCUCCCCAAUUGUGGCCAAGAGAGAUGAUUAUCUCAGAGCCAGGUCCGUCGUUUCGGGCAGAUUCCUCAAUGGUUAUGCUUCUAACGAUUGGAUUUUGGGCUAUUUGUUCCGGGCAACUGCUGGCGGCAUCAUGGGUGUUGCAGGUCUUGCUCCAGUCCAAGACGUUCCUGGGGUCGAGAACGUCGAUGUGGGCAGCAUGGUCAAUGGACACAUGUCUUAUCGCGCUGCUAUGCCUCGAUUAAUGCGAGAGGUUGGCUGGGAGGUUGAAAGCGAUGAAUUCACCGAGAUCGAGGAUGCUGACCCUGAAAACCACGCGCAGCGACAGCGCGAGCUCAUUCAAGAGAUUGACGAGGCCCGCAGGAAAGCCGAGGGAAAGCCUGAGAAGAGGCGAUUUGGACUCUUCAAGCGCGGCAAACUGGCUGACAAAAAAGGGUGGGAAAAGUACAAUGUCAACCAAAACGGGCACAAAAUGGAUGGAAGUUCAACUCCCAAUGGCCAGAAUGGCGAUGUCAACGUUCUGUUCGAUAUCGACGCGAUUCGGAAAGAACUAGAAUCUGAAAUGAUCGAAGUGCGGGAAUUGGACAGUACACUACCGCCCAUGCAGAUCACCUCCAUCCAAAAUGGAGAGAAACAUGUCGAAUACCUGCGGCUACCACCUGACAUGAAGCCUGAAGAGGUAGCGAGGAUGAAUCUUCCACCUCGUCCGGACGAAGUCGAUGUGGAUUUUGGACAUGAGCAACCCGCCCUGAUCCUGCCGGCAAGAGUCUCAUCUCUCAGGCCAUCAUCAUCGGCAAGAUCCAGUCCACAAGGGUCACCACGACCCAGCCCAAUACGAUCGCCUCAGCAGUCAUUCGACUCUGGUCGGCGUUCAUCUUAUGGCUACUCAGAACCGAGGGAGCUUACUAGCACGAUGCCGGCACUCAGUCUUACUAGCUUACCCAGGACGGAAAGCGAUAGUGCACCUUCGAUUGUACGGCCCGAGUUGAAAGCCCAUGCCACUGAACCUCCCGUUCCGAGCUGGAACCAGCAGUCAAACUCGUCCUCUAAUGGACUAACACCAUCGAUGGCAGCCCUGAACAUAGGGCAUAAUGCAUGGGCGGAUGACGACGCCCAUCUCGGGCCUGAAAGUGAUAGCAUCAGCAUGACCUUUGAAUGAUGACCAUAAUGCAUGGAGAUUCUCUACAUUUCUGGUUGCAUAGCGCGGCGUUUGGAGGCAUUAUCUGUAUCAGCAUCAUUUACGGUCAGCAUACAUUCAUUUGUAUGAAACACCUCCGGUUCGCAUCCGAGUUGGUUUCAGUACUUAUGCCGGUUCCUCAACUUUCAUAUUCAUAUAUUCAACAAAGGAUGU